AUGGCGGCCACCAUGAAGAAGGCGGCUGCAGAAGAUGUCAAUGUCACUUUUGAAGAUCAACAAAAGAUAAACAAAUUUGCACGGAAUACAAGUAGAAUCACAGAGCUGAAGGAAGAAAUAGAAGUAAAAAAGAAACAACUACAAAACUUAGAAGAUGCCUGUGAGGACAUCAUGCUUGCAGAUGAUGACUGCUUAAUGAUACCUUAUCAGAUCGGCGAUGUUUUCAUUAGUCAUUCUCAAGAAGAAACACAAGAAAUGUUAGAAGAAGCCAAGAAAAAUUUGCAAGAAGAAAUUGACGCCUUAGAAUCCAGAGUGGAAUCAAUUCAGCGGGUGUUAGCAGAUUUGAAAGUUCAGUUAUAUGCAAAAUUUGGGAGUAACAUAAACCUUGAAGCUGAUGAAAGUUAAACAUUUUAUAAAUUUUUUUUAAUUUGUUUAAUAAACUUGGAAUAUUGUUUAAAAUGAUAAUUUCCCUUCUUCAAAUGAAAUGGAAAGCAAAACUUUUUUUAAAUUUUUCAUUUAUUUAAUGGAAACUUGCCUAUUUUCACGUCUUGCUUAUUUAUUUUAUAUUUUUAAAAGAAGACAGUAUUCAUCUAUGUAUUUUGCAUAACAAUUAUAUCAAGUGUAGGGGCUUUAUGUCAUGUUAUUAAAAUCAGUUAAGCAA